UGGCCUCGAUUCUUCAGUGGGGAAACUCCCACCUAAGAGAGCUGGACAUCAGUGACAGUGAGCUUCAGGACUGUGGAGGAGAACUGCUUCAUCAACCACUGAAUCAAGACUGUAAAGUGAGACUCAUCAGCUGUAGUCUCAAACACAGCUCCUCUGAGGUUGUGGUCUCAGUUCUGCAGUCAUAUAUUUCUCAACUGAGUGAGUUGGACAUGAGUGGCUGUGAUCUGCAAACAUCAGAAGACAAGCUGCUCUCUGGUCUUAGAAAUCCAAACUGUCGACUGGAGAAACUGAGAUUUGUUGGCUGUAAACUCACAGAUAAAUCGUGUGAGAUUGUGGCUUCGGUUCUGCAGUCAUCAAACUCCCUGAUGGAGCUGGACCUGAGUCACAAUAACCUGGGAGAUUCUGGAGUCCAGCUCCUCUCUAAGGGACUGUCUAGUCCCCACUGUAAACUGCAGACAUUAAGGCUCAGUAAGUGUGGAAUCUCAGAUGAAGGUUAUGUUUGUCUGGCUCUCACUCUGAUGUCAAACCCUUCCUGCGUGAAAGACCUGGAUGUGAGCGACAAUCAUCCUGGAGAAUCAGCACAGAAGCUGUUAUCUGCUACACUGGAAGAUCCUCACCGCAAAGUUGAAGCAAUUCAGCUGAAUCAGUGUCACCUCUCCAAAGCAAGCUGUGAAAUGAUGGCAUCCAUGCUGCAAAGUGCACAUUCCCACCUGAGAGAACUGGACAUGAGUGACAAUGACCUGCAGGAUGAAGGAGUGGAGCUGCUCUGUGUGGGACUAAGAGAUCCACAAUGCAAGCUGGAGACACUGAGACUGUCUGGUUGUCUCAUCACACAUGAGGGCUGUUUUCUCUUGUCCUCUGCCCUCAAAUCAAACCCCUCCUACCUGAAACAGCUGGAUCUGAACUACAAUCACCCAGGAGACUCAGGUGUCAGAGAGCUCACAGACAGACUGAAUGAUCCCAGCUGUAAACUAGAGACGUUGAGUUUGGAGACACAUGUUGAUUCCCAGCUGUCCACUGAUCCCAGGUGCUCAUGGGUCAUGGGUCUGUCCAGGACGCUGCUUGAGAAGGUGAGCGUGCCGAGACAGCGCUCUCACCAGAGUCCCGUGGUGAGUGUGGAGCGCUCAGCCUUGGUGGCUCUCCUGCAGCACAUGCUGGAGAAGGAGAAGGAGCAUGUGGAGGAGAUGGAGAUUGUAUUUGCCUGUCAGAUCAGUCCAGGUGUGGAGUGUGUGCGCAGCUACUGCAGGCAGUGCAUCAGCAGCUACUGGAGCCAGUCUGAUCCAUCAGGAGACUACAGUGCAGAAAGAGAUCCAGAACACAACCCAUUAUAA